UGUGUCAGUAGGUAAACAACCGUCGAGCCAAAACAUGGAUCAAAAAGUUUUAUUCAUUCUGUCAAUGUUUAUAAUUUCUGCAUUUGCUGAGUCUGAACGAAUUGCUGGUGGAGGAAAUGCAACCCUAGGACAAUUUCCACAUCAUGCAAAAGUAGAACCAUCAAUUGGAAGCUUUAGACGUUUGUGUGGUGGUGCAUUAAUUAAAUACAAUUGGGUAAUAACAGUUGCACAGUGCAUUCAGAAUGCAAGAGAUGUUAUUGUACGACUUGGUGUAGUUGAUCGAUUAAUAGGACCAGAAAUGGCUAUUUUUUGGGUCCGUGAUCGAAGCCAUAUUAUCAUUCAUGAUAAUUUUAAUGAUGAUUCUGUUAAUGGAGGUGGUAUUCAUAACGACAUUGGAUUAAUUUUUCUAGCGGAAGCAACUGAGGGUUUAUUAGAUAUCAAAAAUGUAAGCGUUAUUGCACUUCCACCAAGCAGUAACUUCGAUUUUAGUAACACAUUCGGAGUUGUUACAGGAUUUGGAUUUUAUGAGGAUGGCGACGACUCUUUGAAGUCAAUGAAUCUUCGCUAUGCUGUAAUGAUGGUUAAUCCUAUUCAAUCUUGUAGAGAUCAUCACGGACCUAAAUUCACAGACGGUAACUUUUGCACAAACACAACUAAUGGUCAAUCAACGUGUAUUGGAGAUGAAGGUGGUCCAUUUUUUGUUUUCGAUAAUAAUAAUGAUCGAACUCUUGUUGGUCUUGCCAGUACAAUGUUACCACAAUGCACUGUUGGACAUCCAGCAAUUUUUACAAAUUUGGUGUUCUUCUUUGAUUGGAUUAUGGAAAAUAUUAGCAAUACUCCUACUCCUCCUACUGUUGAGCCGCCAAUAACAACAACAGCUGCCCCUCCUGACGAUGACAAAAGGUGUAAUUGUGUUUGUAACUGUUUUACUUGUCCGAAAAAUUCAACUGAAGACUCACAACCACCUAAAACUAAUUCUUUCUGGGAUGAGUGAAUUUUUUAACAAUUUUAUUUGUCUGAUUUUUAAAUUCAGUGGAAGCUAUUAUUCUAUGAUAUUUGGCAAUAAAACUAAAACAAAUAAAUUC